AUGGUCUUUCGCGCACGAUCAUCUUUCACGACUGCUGUAUUUGUGCUCCCAUGGACUUGGACGAGAUCGUACCAACAUCUGACUGCGAAGAAGAAGAGCUGAACGAAUGCGAUUUGUUAAACCUUUCUUCCAACCUGACAAAUGGACUUGAUGCUCCUCAUAAUCACCGUCUCACUGGUACACCGAAUACGCCUUCGAAGAGGCGAGAAUUCAAUGAUGAAAGCCCUAGGAAGCGCAGACGACUGUCAAGCUCACAUCAAUUCGCGGCCCUUACGACGCGUCCUAUCCCAGAAGAGCUAGACGAGAAUGUACUGGAGAGAUCGGGAACCCCAUGCAAUUAUCAGAAUACGACACAUCCACCACCGAUAGUGGAAGCAGUCACUAAGUCAUUUGGACAUUCUGGUGACUCCACAGUGCUAGAUAAUGAGGUGCAGGAAAACACAAGACCACCAAACAUGAUACGAUCACACGUUUCUACUCAACUAUUUGACGAAACCGCAUCUAUUUUCGAGGAUGUCUCUAACCAUGUGCAGAGCCCGAGAACAUCAGGUGUUGCAUUGUCAUUGCGUUCUCUUAGCUCUCCAGAUCUGGACCAUAUACCAUCCCUUCCGGGAUCACAACCUUCUUUGCCUUCUGCACCUCCUUCACUCGAAGCCCCAGCUUUGCGAAUCUCGUCUCCUCCUGAUGUUCACCUUGUCACACCUGAUCCUAAAAAUGAUAGAAGGAAUCCUACGGCAGCUAUUUCUGCUAGAGACAACAACCUGCAACAUGAUUUCAUACCAGACUAUGACCAGGAAGCCUCUGUACCAUUGUUUCCACGUAGUCCUAUGCCCAAGACUCCUGAGCGACAAAUGAAUAUCCUUUCUCCGUCGUCUUCUCCCGAUCCUUUAGCUCUGUUCACGCAACAGAUGAGCCCUCUGCCCCACCGUUUCUCCACACCAGAACUGUCACCCAUGCACUCAUCAGGUCAUAUUGUUGUCGCAUCAUCUCCUCUAACUCCCGCUGUAUCUCCUGUGCAAGGACGUCCUUCAUCGUCUUCCUCGUCACUAAAUCGAUCUUCCUCUCCUCAACCUGAAGCCGGCCCUUCCAACCCCCGCUCAACGGCCCCUCCCAAGCCGCCUCAUGAACAAUCCCCUGAACUACAGACUGGAAGCCCUCAACCAGUCAGACAACUUCGACCUCGGAAAGCUCCUCAGUUAAAACCGUACACAGCCGACCUACUGCGAUACAAGCUUCAAAUUCGUGGAAUACCUGACGCAUACGAACCUAUGCCAGAGCUUCGCAGACGCAGAAGGUCGCCUAAUCCUGAGAGCGAUAGGGAGCUGACGAGUGAUCCUGAUGUCAGACCUAUGGAUUUGGACGACGAGGAGCUCUCUGAAGGUGAACGAAGGAGGGCGAGAAGACGUGCUUCUCGAAGUUCCUCCGGACCUGUUCAUCUGCCCGCCGAACGUCAACGGCAACGUCAAAAGACGGCAGAACGCCUGCUUGACCAUGAUCGAGGCGAGGGACCUAGCAGACGUCCUGCAGAGAGAGAAGUUACGCCUGCUCAAGCUGCCCCUCUAUGGUAUCCGGAAGCCUUCAACUUGUCUAGCAGUAGCAGCGACGAGGAUGACGAUAUCGUUGCUCUUCUGCGGCCUCUCGCAAAGCCCAAAUCAACUGAACCUGCUGCUAAAUUGAAAAGGCCUAAACGCUUUCCGAUGAGAAAGCCACCAAUACACGAGACCCUGAUUCGCCCACAAAAAGACCCAACCCCUCCACCGUCAGUCGUGGCAGUCAGUCAUCGAGGCCGCUCGGUGGCUAGAGUGAUGUCUCCUGCCUCCCAACUCAAUUUUGGCGACUCUCCGAAAUCUUCAGCCGUGCGACAUUCACCUAUUCAGAAGGACUCACAUGACAUGCAAGAUCGCAAUUUUAUUGAUUUUCGGCCUGAAAACGAUGUCAUCAUUCCGAGCGAGUUCGAUUUCCCACCUUCGUCUUCGCAUGUCUCCUCCGUUGAUCAAGGGCUAGACGAUACAACUUUUCCUCUAGAUGACAAUCCGAAAAUUAGGGCGACCUCGAUCAUUGAACUUAUAGAUAGCUCGGAUCACGCUCAUGGUCAGUCAUCUGAAGAAGAGGAUGAAGGUGGUUCUAGCUCCUCAUCAGACCACGAACUGUCUAAGAAGGAGCGAAAACGGCUAAAGAUCCUGAAAAGAAUGAUGCCACCGAGACUCAUCCAGAAGUAUAUUAAAGGGACGGACAGGCCACGUAGAGAUAGUGCAGAGCGAAGUGCCUCACCUAGCCGGGACUACAGCGACGACGACUCGGAUAGACCUCUCCUUCCGGGUCAGUCGCGAAUACGGAGAGCUGCCAACCCCCCUUCUAUGCACCACAUCAGAGGAGAUUCGGAGAGUUCUGACAUCGAGAUCCCUGAUGGAGAUAUCCGACGAAGCCUUUCCGGAAGUCCGUCACCUUCUCCUUUACCGUCGCAGGAUUCGGGUUCGGAGUCAGACGUUGGUGAUUAUGUUGGUCGUGCCCGACACACUAUCAAUCUGCUGUCUUCUGAAUCCGAACAUGAUGAUGUGGAAAGUGUGAACACAUUUGACGAACCUCGAGGCGAAGAGUGGGUAUCUGGGUCAUCCCGACAGCAAAAUGUGUAUUCAGGCGAAGCUAGGGAAGGUGACUUGAUUGACCGCAUGCUUUCAAGGUCACGAGUAUCAGGACCGAAGAAAGCUAAGCGACCUCGGACGAAGAAGCGUUCGACUGGCCAGCCCAAACUGUCUCGUAACGCUGUCGACUUGGUUGUUGGGGGCUCGAAGAGGUAUGGGAAAGGCCACCAGACGCGUCUACCGUUCGCGCGACAGCCCAGUUCGAAGAAAAGUAUACGUUUGGAGCGCCACGCCGCUGCGGCCGACACUGAAAUCCUUGAAAUUUCGGACGACGAGAGAGGCGACGCUUUUCAGCAUCACGUUGAUCCUCAAACGGUCACUGAUGUUUUGAAGCGGAAGGCCCUCAAGAAUACCAGAAUUGUCAAGAACGCCGCUGGCGUGUUCGUUUUGCCCUCGAAUGCAAAACAUUUGACUUCCGGCCGGUCUCAUCAGCCAUACACGAUUGACACCGAAAUGGAGGCAAUAUCUAGGACAACGGUCGCAUUUCCGAAUCGUGGUGAUCGCCACCCAUCUUCCUCCCGGAAAAGACGGCCAAAACCACCAGCGACCGGUAGUGAAUUGCCGUUAGACCUUAUAUGGCAGAGAAUCGUAGAUCCCAAGGCAUCUUCACCGGCUCCUCAGGAACACAGGGGAAAAGAUCAGCAUCGCCCAAACGAAGAUGUACUGCACCAUGUGGAGAUAGACUGCGGUGUGCAGGUCUUGCCUUCUGGCCUCGUAUUUGGUGGGAAGACAUACCUUGGUAAGGGCAGGCUUCAAGAACUCUUCACUGGUCCAACAGUAUCACAGGACGAAGCCAGACCUAUGCCUUGCAUCGUCUUCGACUUCCAUAUCACAUCGUUCGCUUCAGCCCAUGACUUUCAGGACGCCAUCGAGGGCCUGGUCAGUAAACUCGUUAAGACUAUCUCCGAUCCGUCAAAAUCAAUCUCAUCAGAAGAUUAUCAUGAGUGGCAGAAAGCAUUUCUUACUGCAACCCAACACAUCACUUGGUUCUUGACCCAUUCCGACGCGGAAGAUAUUGCAUCACUUCGACUGGAAAUCGACGAAGACCUUCGCCGGAUCAGCACCGUGGUUGAAGAGCACUAUGCUGUGCGAUCCGACCUUAGCCUUUUGAAUCUUUUGGUGUUUGAGGCGCAAUGGUUUGACCUCGAGUUGGCAUGGCGUUGUCGAGGGUUGGGAGACACAGCUUCCGGUGACGACCCCACAUCCGCACUUCAUCACGUCAAAGCUCUGGUAAAGCAUCUUUUCGCAUUCGGUCUCGAUCGACCAAUGAAGGCGAUUUCCACUCUGGGUGUGGACGAUUCCAAUGACGUCUACAGGAUUGCCGAACUGUGGAUUGCUGUGAUGAAUCUGAUAGGUCAUUGGAACAGUCCUGCAUCAGCCCCUCACGCAAUUCCAUCAUUCUGGCAUAUCGUCUUGGAGAGUGCCAGAGCAAUGGAUUUCCAUCGGUUUGCCAGUUAUAAUAUCGCCAUCAGUGAACUGCUUUGGAGGACGAUAUUCCAACUAUGCAGUCUUUCUCAAUUUUCGGUCCAUGGGAUGUCCACCUCAACGCCAAAACUACCGGCUUCUUGGCCCUUUGUCACCUUCGCAUUAGAACAGAUACGGUUAGAGGCCCAUACCGAACCUGACAAACAACUUACUCGUCGCAGUCUCCGAAAGGGCGACAGCUAUAUUCGUUUGCUGGUCUCCCGCUGCAUGUUGUUGAACAAGCGAUGGCAUUGGAAACUAGACGAUGCCUCUGUUCUCUUCAACCGUCUUUCGACCAUCUUCAAGAGCCGGCGAUUUGCCAAUCUCACCGAUGAGAAGUCCGAUUUUCCCAGCUUUCUGCGUCAGAAUAAGUUGGAAUUUUUGUCGGAGCAUAGGAACAGUGAUAGCGCCUUUACCCUCUUCCUCAAACUUGUUGUCCAAGCAGCUGUCCAGGCGAACCCCGAAGUUCAAGAACCUCAACAAAGACGACUGCCUAUGACUGUCAAAAAGAUCCUUCAACUCGCAGUUCCGGUGGGUUCUGUCCCUUUUACCAAGACCUCCCCGCCGACGGAGGGGGAGCUCGCUAUGCUGUACAACCGCUUCAGCGCUAUCGCAAUAGCAAUUUAUCUCGAACCAACAGUUUCCAACACGAAGUAUCGCCUAGCACUCGCGCGUCGAUACGUGAACUUCGGCAACGCAGACAGAGAAACUAGACGGGCAUGUAUCCGCGCUUUCAUGCAACUUUGCAUUCUCUUGAGACAUCUUAGCUUGCCUCUCAAUGACAUUCUGGAUUGGUUGGCCGAAAUGACUAACUCUUUGAUUCAAGAGUAUCGAGACUUUGGUCAUCCGCCAGUAGCCGGUACCAAUGGGUCUUCUUGGAACCCUUCUCGUGAAUCGACCAUUAUCUGUGUUGGUUUGAUCCUCGGAGCUGUCCGCAAAAUUAUCGAGAUACCUGCUAUGGAGUCUGGAGUAGAAUCAACCCCAUACCCCGAUCCCGCCUUGCUUGACGGACCUUGGAUAUCGCGGAUCUUUUCCAUCGAAACAGAUCUGACGUCAGUGUCGAAGAUUAGAACAGAAGUUCGACGACUCGUCCAUGAAUUCCUGAGGGCUCGUGCCGCUGUUAUCCCUAAGCCUGUUCGCAGUCGGAAACCUUCCGUCGUACUUGAGGAGAGUCAAGAAAGCCAGGACGACUAUGGCCAAUUUGACAUUGACUUGAAUGAUCCCGAGUUGCUGGCAGCCCUUGGCGAAUCAAACUCAUCUUCACUCUCUGAUGAUUUGCUCGGAAAAGAACAACGGGUAUCUGAGUUGAUCGACCUGCACAUCAGUCCUGCUAUCUAUCGUUUGGUCUGUACACACUUCAACGAGCAAGAGAAUCUCAAAACAUCACGGGCGGAUUCGAACGAUACCGACAGCUGGAUUGACUGUUGGGUGGGCUGUGCAAGUGUCCUGGUGCAGACCGGCAAACGAGACUGGUCCUUAUACUUCAACCUCGGACCCCAGUCUUGGGAGCGUAUCUCAGAUGCUUCUUGGCGUCGUCGCGUUGGCCUGCGGUUCAUGUUCAAGGUACUCGAGCUUGAUCCAACGGCUUACACGGACCAUCAAGAUCGAUUUCUAGAAGUCUUCAUGGAAAGUCUCGUUACCCCUAGAGUGACAAUUGAACACCAAUAUGCCGCUCUGUUGUUUACCAUUGAUGAUCUACAUCAUCCUUUCCUUCAAGGGCUACACAUCGGCGACCGCGACUUCUUACAUGGCUAUUCAUUGACCACAGAGGAAUUCAUCGAAUACAGGUUAUCUUGGAUCGAACAGAUAUUCUCUCGACUGGCUGAUGGGCUUAGGAUUGAUGCUCGUGACAUGGCUCGCAAAACGAUGGACCAACUUUGGCUCGGAUUCAUCAUCAGGAUGCUCGUAGCCAUGCGUGACACUCUCGAAGCUUUUCCUGUUGACUCGAAGGACCGCAAGGAGUAUGCACAAUUGUCCGAGCAGGUAGGCAGUGCCCUUUCCCGUCUGCCAUCGUUGUCGAACCAUCCUCGACUUCGAUCAUGUGGUCUUGUAGAUUGGCUUUGUACGCUUUCAUCUUCAAAACAUUCAAGUCAAGAAUAGAUUGUCGUGAUCCUGCAAAAUAAUGUCAUACUUCUGUGUGCUAGCUUAACUUUAAACUAGUGCAAGAACUAGGCUGAAUGUCUACAAAGUGUUCGCAGUUGAGGAGCAAAAGUUGAUGCAGAUUCGUACAGGAGAGAGAUGCACAAUACACCGAACGGGAAUCG